GAUGAAAGAGCAAGACGGCACGACCUUACGAGUGAUUCAAGUACAUUUUUCAGGCUCCAAUGUUGAACGUUGUGGUAUUGUACGAUGUAUUUCCAAGCCAUUAUCGAUGGAGGCCAAUAUCAAUAUGUUCUACUUAAGUACAUUCAUGACAGCUAAUAUCAUUGUCUCUGUGGAUGAUUUGGAAAGAGCUGUCAACAUUUUAUCGUGAAAAAGUGACGUCGGUUCAUGGUUGUUUUGUACAACAUGAUUGGGUCCAGUGUGCUCAAUAAGAAAAUUAUUUUUUUCCCCAUCUCUUUUUUUCUUUCAUCACUUUAAACAUUGAUAAGCUCUUUUUUUUUAAAAAAACACACAUUAAACAUGACUACUCAAAUGAAUUUUGGACCUGAAUGGAUGCGCGGUGGAGAGAUGCCCAAGCGCAGUUCACAAUGCACUAAUUUUAUUAGUGAUAACAAAAACGAUGAUUUCAAAUAUUCAAAAGAUUACAUGUUAAGUUUAUACAAGACGGUAGAUUUACCAAACGAUAUUCAACAUCAAGAGUAUCCAGUUACUGUCCAAGACCAAAGUCCAUUGUCUCUAUUAGAGAAGGAGUACAAGUCCGAUAACAUUUUUUCAUUUGAGAAUUUUGGUGAAGCUAAUGGCAAAAAAUCAGACCUGUAUUCUUUAAUGAGCAAUAAUGAAGUAGAUGAAGUACCUCUUUGGAGCGGAGUCGAUAAAUACGAUGCUGUUGGGAACUUUGACAGUUUCGGUGUCUAUCUUGACCAAGAGCCAGAAAAAGAAGUAUUUAUAGGCAACCCCAUGGUAGAACCACAGAGGUCUUAUCAAUGGAUUUAUCGAGAUCCCAUUGGUAUUAUACAGGGUCCAUUUACCGGUUUAGAAAUGCAAGGAUGGUAUGAAGCUGGUUUCUUUGAACAUAACCUGCAUGUAAAGCGUGAAGAUGUACCUUAUUUUGAGCCUAUCGAUGCUUUAAUUCUUAAGGUCAAGAACAGCAAAAUCCCUUUUUUAGCUCCUUGGCCAUCCAAUGACCCCACUUUUAAUAAUGGGUUGAAUGUGGCACCACCACAACCACCACUAAUAUCUCCUUUUGGUAACCCACCAUUUGCUUCUUCACGAGUGGGUAGGACUACUUCGGCUUGGGAAAAUAUUAAUACCACCACACCCUCUUCUUCCUGGCUGAGUCAUCAAAAUGAUCCCUUGUAUCAAAAUACAACACCUAGACAAAGGGAUAACCUUUAUGAAGCAGAUUUAGAUUAUCAACAAUUAGCAAUGAACAAACAAAUGGAACAGCAAUAUUUGACCAUGUUACGUCAGAACCAACAACACCAUAUUCUAUUACAACAACGUAUGGUUCAACAGCAGCAGCAACAGCAGCAGCAGCAGCAACAGCAACAACAACAACAAUUAUUACUACAGCAACAACAACAACAGAGACAACAAAUAUUUAUGAGUAACCAAAACUACGAACCUAUUGAGCCUUCCAUGAAUAGAGGAUGGAGUUCUGUACCUGGUACGCCUGGUAUCAUUGAUACUGCUCAAAAUCCAUGGAGUAAUAGAUUUAGUGAACCCUUUGUUCCAUCACCACCACGUCGUUCUCGGUCAAGAUCACCUCAAAAAACUCAAAUUGAGCACGAUGAUUCAUUGACAUUUACUCAAGAUGAUGCCUUGUCAUUUACUUUAGGUAGUAUGUCACUCAAUGAGCCCGCUGAAGUAGCAGCUACGACAGAGCCUGUUUCAAAUGAAUCUGCCUGGGUACCUCAGACAGUACCAAAUAAGACAUUACGCGAGAUUCAAUCAGAAGAAAUAACUCAAAGUAGAAAGGUAUGAAAAUAUAUUUACAGAUAUUCAUCAUUUUUUUUU